AUGGCAGUGGUUGCAGCGGUUCAUCCCGCGGGUGGGGGCGCUUUGAUCUUUACUGAAUUCUGGCACAGCUUCCCCGUCUCCCUUGGUGACAACCGUGCCAUGGGGACUGCAGUCAGCGGGGGAACCACAGCUGGGACUACUGCCAUGUGUCAUGUCCGAGGGAAAAGGGAGAGAGCGAGGAGGUCAGUGCAUCCAUACCCACCGGGGGGUUUCCCAGGGAAUGCGUCAUCCAGGAACCUGUCCACGAACACAGCACCACUAGCUACACAGUUUGGGACAAUCGGGGGAUGCACGAUCAAGGUUUCGCUAAAAAUGUGUCGCAACUUGCAAGGAACUGCAAGCUGGCCUUUUAGGGGCGUGGGGGAAGGGAGACGAUCGGGGGAGUGCAGGAGAUUGCAGGAAAGUCCCGGCCAGUCGGGGCUCCAUGGUGAUCAUGACCAACAGUCAACUGAACAGAUGCUAUGCUGUGUUGAGAUAUUGACUGUGUAUGAACAUUUGCAAGGAGUUGGUGCCGAUUAUUCCGUCGAUCGCAAAAGAAAGGAAGAGAGUCAUUCCCUGGGGGGAGGCCAUCCAGGCAGAGACCGUCGAGGAACCGAAUCUGAGACGGAGCGCCAUCAACUUGAAGCCGCGGAUCCGACCCCUGAACCCGCUGCCUCAGGCGUCGGGGCCUCGUUGCUGUCUCUCUCCACUUUCUCUCUUUAG